AUGUCAAUGCUGUUAGACCAGCAACCACCACCAAUGUCUGUAACCCCGCAAUCUUUCAACACCUACUCAACGCACGCUUCAAUUGGUCCGGCUAUUGCAGUACUUGUAGUGAUCAUGGUCUUUGGUGUACUUGCUGUUAUGGUUGGAAGGCUCUGCUCGGGAAGGAGAAUCAUGGGUUAUGGCCAGUACGAUAUGGAGACUUGGGCAGAGGUAAAAUGUUCUUCCUGCAUUGAUGGAAGGAUUAGCCCCCCACUUUCGAGGUCAAGCGUGCCUGCCACCUCUAGUUCAGCCCCGACGCCUGCCGAAACCCAACAAGAAACCAAGCACGAAGAGCAAUCUCCUCAACACCCACCUGAAAAUCUUGAUUCUUAA